AUGCACUUUCUACAGCCGUUUACUAAAUCUCGACAGUCAGUUUCAUCAAUCAAUUAUGUAUCUGAAAGUUUCUCUGAAGAUUCUAACAUCGAAAAAAGUAAUAAGACGCUCAACGACAUGCAAAAAGCAUCUGAAGAUGAAUAUUUGAAUACUUUCAGUCCAAAAAAAAAUGUUGGUUCGAAUAUUUCUGAAAAGAAGAUUCAGGAUUCAGAUGAAUCAUUUUUGAUGAGUGUUUUGCCUGACAUGAAAGAAAUGAACUCGAAGCAAAAAAGAAGAUUUAAGAUUGAAAUUUUAAAAAUAGUUGGGGACAUUUUAAGUAAAUUUUCAUACAGACCAACUCCAGAACCAUUCAGCAACUCUACAUCAACACCGUCAUCAAUUAUAAAUAAUGAUCUUUUAUAAAAUUCAAGUUCCGAAUCACCUUCUUCAUUCAACCAAAUAAAUUAUACUUCACCGCCGUCUGUUAUUCAAACUUUUGAACCACCUGUAUUCCAAUAAGCAUCAAACACGUAUUCUUCAACAUCCAGUAAUAUUCACUUACUUUAGACUUAAAACAAUUUCUCAGGUUUUAUUUAUUUAUUUUUUUUAUAAAAAAGGAGUUAUUUUCAUUAAUUUGAAAUCAUUUUGCUUUUUUUAA